AUGCCAAACCGGGAAAUACCAGCGGAGGAGACCGGCAGCAGCCCCGGCGCUGGGGACACAGAGAAAGAAAACGAGCGGCUCGGCGGAGAGACACCCGUCUCCCCGGUUUCAACCCUGAGCCAGAGGGAGUCCAAGCUGCAGAAGCUAAAGCGGUCACUGUCAUUUAAAACAAAAGGUCUCCGGAGUAAAAGUGCAGAGAACUUCUUCCAACGGACAAGCAGUGAGACAAAGCUGCAGGUAGAACUACUGCCUGGAGUCAGUUCCAGCACUGGACAGCUCCCAGUCUCCGAAAGUCAAACGUCCACCCCAACUAAAACUCAGAGGCAGUAUGAGAACAGGACGCACUCCUUCCUCGAAUACGUUUUCAAGAAACCAACCUUUUGCGAUACCUGCAACCACAUGAUCGUCGGCACCAAUGCCAAACUUGGGCUGCGCUGCAAGGCUUGUAAGAUGAGUAUUCAUCACAAAUGCAUUGAUGGUGUUGAACAGCAGCGAUGCAUGGGCAAGCUGCCAAAGGGGUUCCGGCGUUACUAUAGCUCUCCGCUAUUAAUCCAUGAACAAUAUGGGUGCAUCAAAGAGGUGAUGCCUAUCGCUUGCGGCAGUAAAAUAGACCCAGUAUAUGAAGCCCUUCGGUUUGGAACUUCCCUGGCUCAAAGAACUAAGAAGUCAGGGUCAGGCAGUGCAUCAGACUCACCUCAGCGUAAUUCUGCUUCAGACCUGGCUGAAGUCCCAGAAGAAGGUGCUGAUACUCCACGUGGGCUAUCAAGGGAGUAUAGCGAUAACGUAUUUGGCUCUCUAGAGAAUGGACUUGAAGAUAUCACGAGGGUAGAAAGGAAGCCUUCCAGUUCUCAGCUGAAAGCACCUGAAAACAAAGACACCUUGCAGCAUUUCAAUUACGUUGCUUUGUACAGAUUCAUACCACAGGAGAAUGAUGAUCUGGAAAUGCAUGCUGGAGACAGAGUUUUUCUGCUGGAUGAUUCAAAUGAAGAAUGGUGGAAGGGUAAAAUUGCUGAUCGUGUUGGAUAUUUUCCUGCAACGUUUGUUCAGAAAGUGCUGGUGGGUGAGAAGGUCUUCAGAUGCACCAAACCAUUCUCAGGCUGUAAAGAGGAAGGACAGAUAAACGUGAAAGAAAAUCAGAUCUGUGUGGACAAGGGUGAAGAAACCAAUGGAUUCAUUAAAGUGUGCAGUGGAAAAAAGAAGGGUUUUGUGCCACUUGACAUCCUUGUCAAUAUCUGA